CACCCCACACACCCAGUCCGACAGGUUCCUCCGCACGUUCGUUCCCACACAUAAAAACCCAAAGGCGGCCGCGCUGCUCGUCGCCCUGUUUCGCCGCAGCCUCCAGUCGUGCGAGUCGCACCGCCAACCACCAGCCAUGUUCCGCUGCGGGAUCUCGUACCCCCGGUGCAGGUGGAUCCUGCCUCUGCUGCUGCUCUUCGCCGUGAUCUUCGACAUCAUCGCCAUCGCCGCCACGUCCGGCUGGGUGGAGGACGAAGACGCCAAGUCGCACUACGCGAGCAUGUGGAGCCAGUGCCGCGGGCGCAACGAUAACUGGGACUGCACCUCGCUCAUGGAGUUCUCGUGGGCGCAGGCGGUGGCAGCGCUCAUGAUCCUGGGCCUCAUCUUCCUCAUCAUCGCAUUCAUCGUCUCCUUCCUGGCCCUGUGCUGCACCCUCAAUAUCACCCUGCUGCCCGUCGUGGGCGUCUUGCUCUUCGUCCCCGUGGUUCUGCAGGUGAUCGCGCUCAUCAUCUACCCGGUCAAGUUCAACGAGCUCAUCUUCGAGGGUCACUACGACUACACGUGGGCGUACGGCUUCGGAUGGGGCGCCACCAUCCUGAUGCUGGGCUGCAGCGUGCUCUUCUGCUGCCUGCCUCGCUACGAGGAUGAGCUGACGGGCCUGGCCAAGACCAAGUACCUCUACAGCUCCGCCUAGAGGCCGGGGCUGGUCCUGCAGCCCCAAGGCUCACCGAGGACAGGAGGACGUCGCCGUUGCGCUUCCCAAAUCCUUUCGUACUUACGCUGCACACAUCUCGCAAUACACGUUUCACCAGCGACCCCGUUUUAUGGCCCUGCUAUCCAGGGUCGAGGGAGUUUGUCUUAGUUUUUACUGAAUGCGUUUGACCAAAGAAGGUAAACAUGGUGAAAAUGACACGGUGCAAACAGUCGGUAGUCGACGUUUCAGCUGUCAGAAUUUUCCCGUCUUCUUUGGUUUUGUUGUCUGAGGGCCUGUUUUGGGUGCCGGAGAGCGCCUUGGGGAAAAAUUAAGUGCUCUUAACCUCUACUUCCUUAUACUAACCCUUUAUACUUUAUUAUGCUGUAUUUUUCAGUUCUCUGUUUUAUUCUUGGAUCGAAAGCAAUACAUAUGUAAAGUGGCUCAGAGUGUGUUAUCUAGUGGCACUCUGGGGAUUUCAUGAUAUUCCUAAAUGUAACUGUUGAAAACCAGGAGUGCAAACGUGUGUAUUUUGAAAAGCAUUUUUUUUUUUUUUUUUUUUUUUUGCACUGCAAUAUAUGAUGAACCGCAGCUUUUAACGUGUGUGUGUGUGUGUGUGUGUGUGUGUGUGUGUGUGUGUGUGUGUGUGUGUGUGUGUGUGUGUGUGUGGCAUUCCCUGCCGCGUCUUAAAUUCAUCAAAUCAUUAGUCCGUUGCUGAUUGUUACACACAGGACUGUUCGUUAACUUCGAAUUCAUCGGUUUAUCGUACGUUCCCUCCAAAGGCUGUCUGGGAAUUUGUAGAAAUAUGACUGUAUGAUGCGGUUGUGAUUUUUUUUUUUUUGGGUACUUCUUGUCAAACGUGCCUUACUCCCGCUAAGGAGCUCUCUGUUCCAGAAAUGACUACUGAAUACUAUUUAAAAUCUCACUGUAAUGUAGAUACCGAUUACGCAUAAUGGAACAGACCCUUUUCGGCUAGGAUUUAUAUACAGUAUGUGGUCUUAGGGGUGACAGAAUAUUUCAUACUUCCUGCUAAUGCUUUAGGAACUUUGCAGAUGUUAAAUCGGAACGAAAACAGAUUUUGAAAUGUGUGUGUUUUUUGUUUUUUUUUUUUGUUUUUUUUUGUUUUUUCCAAUAAAGUGCUUUUUCAGACAAUGU